AUGUUUGUUAUGGUCCAACUGCUAGCAUACCGUCAGUGUCUUCAUCCGUUCCAAUAUUUGAUGCUUUCGAAACUUGCGGCCGACGGCAUCGAACUGCUUGUUCCAAUUAUGGGUUUUUCAGCAUCACAAUUACUGUUUGGACAAUGGCUGCAUGAGAAUAAAAAGCCUGUUGUUGGCUAUCUUGCGCUAUCGCUGCAAUAUUCGAGCAUCUACACUUCUGUGGCGAUGACUGUCAACCGCACCAUCGCCGUCACAUUUCCUCAAGGAUACAAAAAAUGGUUCAACAAUAAGACAACCAUUAUUUGGGUCGCAGCAUGCUGGGUGAUAGCAUGGACUCAUAAUGCUAUUCAUUUGAAAGAAGGCUGUCACUUCUUGUUUGAUCUACAAACUCGCCUUUUCAAAUUCAGCAACGAACAAUGCGGACGCACACUCGCUCUAUAUCAAGAUCUGAUCUAUAACCUCACAAUUGCCAUUUUAACCACUCUAGUUGACAUCUAUUGCUUGCUGAAACUGAGCUGCGUCAAAAAGAUGGUAACAUACUCUCCAAACCGAGCGGACAAAGAAAGGCCAUGGUUCCUCCAGACAACAGCAAACGCAAUUUUCUACGCUCUAAUGCUGGUAUCAUUCCAUGUUUCCGACUAUUCCGAGGGAAUUACAACGCGUUUCGUACUUACGGUAGUCGCAUGGCAACUGUGGCUCGCAUCAGCACCGUGA